UGAGCGUCUUCUCUCUCUCCGCGGCGUUUCUUUUUCUUUUCCUCCCAGUGCCAUUAACAUAACAGUUGAGCGAAUUGGGCCAAAUUAGCAGUCGCGGGCAUCCAUCCCUCAUCCAGACGCCGCCUCCUCCUCCUCCUCCUCCUCCUCCUCACAACAGAGGUGUUUAAACCCUCAACCCGGCGCAUCCUCCCUCUCUCCCUCUCUCUCUCUCUCUCUCUCUCUCUCUCUCUCUCUCCACCGCCGCAGAACUCCGCCGACCAGCUGUCAGGUGACCGCGCGGAGCGGAAUAUUCAUCAGCGCCGUCGUCGUCGUCUUUCAUCCCUCCUUCACUCCUUCGGACUCCAGGCGACCGGAGCUGCCGCAGCGCCGGCUCUGUCUCUCUCUCUCUCUUUCUCUCUGUCUCUCUGUCUCUCUCUCUCUCGCUCUCUCUCUCCCCCCUCCUCUCCCCCCCGGUGCUCUGUCCUCUCAUCCGGUGGUUCGGGACAUUAUUCUCCGCUCCACGCACACGCCAGAUUAACGGGGAUUCUGCCUCCCCGCCCCGCGAGCUGAUGCUGAUGUCCUUGAGCUCGGCCUGCACGGUCCUGGUGGCGCAGCAGCAGUAGCUACCUCUGAACUGGAUCCGCUCGCCGCCUCUGAUUCAUCAGCCGCCUUUGCCUCGCUCGCCCCUCUCUCCACCCGUCCGUCGUCCCCCGCCGUCCUCGUCUGUGAGUCUGUCAGCCUGUCCGUCCGUCCAUGGACUGGCCGUGACCCUGGAGGGAGGGGGACAGAAACGAAGAAAGAGUGGAGUCGAAGCAGAGGGGACGGAGGAAAGGGAAGCUGGAUUCAUUCGGACGCAGCGCUCCUGAGGUGCACCUGCUCGCUGUCCUUCAUCCCCCUCACCCUCCUCCUCCUCCUGGCAUGGAGAAUUAAAGGAGCAGUGGGAGGCUCGGCCCAGACAAAAACAGAGGAACGGCGCUCCGUCAUUUCUUUGAAGAAUAUUAAAGAAAGGUUAAUUACACAUUUUAUUUCUGACUGUUGAGCACAUGAACAUCCCCCAACCAACCAAACCAAAGUGGAACUGAUUUGAGGACAGACUACGGAGAGAGAGGAGGACCAAAACUAAGUGGACACCCUCACUGACAUGUCAACCACGGCCACCAUGGGCGAAAUGGCAAACAGCGCUGUGGAGUUUUAUCCCAAAGGGACUCGGAGUGGGAGCAGAGGAGGAGGACGGGCGGACGGCGCCGCGGGAGAAUUCGCGGUCACGGUGAAGGAGCUCAGGGAGCUGAUGGAGCUCAGGGGGACCGACGCCCUGCAGAAGAUCCAGGACAGCUACGGAGACACAGAGGGACUCUGCCAGAGACUACAGUCCAGCGUCACUGAUGGUCUCAGUGGGGACCCGGCAGACCUGGAGCGACGGAGCCAAACGUACGGCCAAAACUUCAUCCCGCCGAAGAAACCCAAGACGUUCCUGGAGCUGGUGUGGGAGGCCCUGCAGGACGUCACACUCAUCAUCCUGGAGGCCGCCGCCAUCAUCUCCCUCGGCCUCUCUUUCUACCAGCCACCGGGGAAGGACACCGAAUCGUGUGGGAACGUGUCAGGAGGUGGGGAGGACGAAGACGAGGGGGACACUGGCUGGAUAGAGGGCGCCGCCAUCCUGAUGUCCGUCGUGUGCGUCGUCCUGGUGACGGCGUUCAAUGACUGGUCCAAAGAGAAGCAGUUCCGCGGUCUGCAGAGUCGCAUCGAGCAGGAGCAGAGGUUCACGGUCGUGCGGAAAGGAAACGUCAUCCAGAUCCCGGUGGCUGACAUGGUGGUGGGCGACCUGGCCCAGGUCAAAUACGGGGAUCUGCUGCCAACCGACGGUAUCCUGAUUCAGGGCAACGAUCUGAAGAUAGACGAGAGCUCGCUCACGGGGGAGUCUGACCAUGUACGCAAGUCUGCGGAUAAGGACCCAAUGCUGCUCUCAGGUACCCAUGUGAUGGAGGGCUCAGGCAGGAUGCUGGUGACAGCUGUAGGUGUCAACUCACAGACGGGGAUCAUCUUCACUCUACUGGGCGCUGGAGAGAUGGAGGAAGACGGCAAGGAGAAAAAGGAGGCCAGUCCUCAGUUGCUCAUCUCCACAGAUGCCACUUACAGCACAGUCACCAAUGGAAAACAACCUGAUGGAGCUGUGGAGAACAAUCAAAACAAAGCUAAGAAGCAUGGGGGGGGUGUUGCUAUGGAGAUGCAACCCCUGAAGAGUGCAGAGGGAGGGGAGAUGGAGGACAGAGAGAAGAAGAAGACCAACGUUCCAAAGAAGGAGAAGAGCGUGUUACAGGGCAAACUCACCAAACUGGCCGUUCAGAUCGGAAAAGCAGGUUUGGUGAUGUCAGCCAUCACCGUCAUCAUCCUGGUGCUCUUCUUUGUCAUCAACACGUUUGUCGUCGAAGGUCAGACUUGGUUGGCGGAGUGUACUCCAGUCUACAUCCAGUACUUUGUCAAGUUCUUCAUCAUCGGAGUCACUGUGUUGGUGGUGGCUGUGCCAGAGGGUUUACCGCUCGCUGUCACCAUUUCUCUGGCUUACUCUGUCAAGAAAAUGAUGAAGGACAACAACCUUGUGCGCCACUUGGAUGCGUGCGAGACCAUGGGCAACGCCACGGCCAUCUGCUCCGAUAAGACCGGCACCCUCACCACCAACCGCAUGACUGUGGUCCAGACUUACCUAGGUGAUGUGCACCACCGUGUCAUCCCUGACCCUGGACAGAUCAACCCCCGGACUGUGGACUUAUUAGUCAACGCUAUUGCUAUCAACAGCGCCUACACUUCCAAGAUCUUACCACCUGAUGUGGAGGGAGGUUUGGCCAAGCAGGUGGGCAACAAGACAGAGUGUGGUCUGUUGGGGUUUGUUUUAGACCUUCAGCAGGACUACGCCCGGGUCAGAGAGCAGAUCCCUGAGGAGAGACUGUACAAGGUGUACACAUUCAACUCUGUGCGUAAAUCCAUGAGCACGGUGAUCAAGCUGCCCGACGGUUCCUUCCGCCUCUACAGCAAAGGAGCUUCUGAAAUUGUACUGAAGAAAUGUUCCUCCGUCCUUGAUGCCAACGGUGAGCCGCGCAGUUUCAGACCACGUGACAGGGACGAGAUGGUCAAACAGGUGAUUGAGCCGAUGGCAUGCGAGGGCUUGAGGACCAUCUGCAUCGCGUACCGUGACCUGCCAGGCAAUCCGGAGCCAGACUGGGAAAGUGAGGCCGACAUAGUGACCGAUUUGACCUGCAUCACCGUGGUUGGGAUAGAGGACCCAGUGCGGCCUGAGGUGCCUGAGGCCAUCCGUAAGUGUCAGCGUGCAGGCAUCACGGUGCGAAUGGUGACCGGCGAUAACAUUAACACAGCCAGGGCCAUUGCUGCUAAAUGUGGCAUCAUCCAACCCGGGGAUGAUUUUAUUUGUCUAGAGGGCAAAGACUUCAACCGACGAAUCAGGAACGAGAAGGGAGAGAUCGAACAGGAACGCAUCGACAAAAUCUGGCCCAAACUCCGCGUUUUGGCUCGAUCCUCGCCGACAGACAAACACACGCUGGUUAAAGGCAUCAUUGACAGCACCGUCAUAGAACAGAGGCAGGUUGUCGCGGUAACGGGGGACGGAACUAAUGACGGACCCGCUUUGAAGAAGGCUGAUGUGGGCUUCGCCAUGGGUAUCGCGGGGACAGACGUCGCGAAGGAGGCGUCUGACAUCAUCCUGACGGAUGACAACUUCACCAGCAUUGUCAAGGCGGUGAUGUGGGGGCGAAACGUCUACGACAGCAUUUCCAAGUUCCUGCAGUUCCAGCUCACGGUCAACGUGGUGGCUGUCAUCGUGGCCUUCACCGGGGCCUGCAUCACUCAGGACUCUCCUCUGAAGGCCGUGCAGAUGCUGUGGGUGAAUCUGAUCAUGGACACGUUCGCGUCUUUGGCUCUGGCCACCGAGCCCCCCACUGAGGCCCUGUUGCUACGGAAACCUUACGGCCGAAACAACCCACUCAUCUCACUGACCAUGAUGAAGAACAUCCUGGGCCAUGGAGUGUACCAGCUGGUCAUCAUCUUUACCCUGUUGUUUAUAGGCGAGCGCAUGUUCAACAUCGACUGCGGCCGCAACGCUCCGCUGCACUCGCCUCCCUCCGAGCACUACACCAUCAUCUUCAACACGUUCGUCCUCAUGCAGCUGUUCAACGAGAUCAACGCGCGCAAGAUCCACGGGGAGAGGAACGUGUUUGACGGCAUCUUCGGCAACCCCAUCUUCUGUUCCAUUGUGCUGGGGACGUUCGCUGUGCAGAUCGUGAUCGUGCAGUGGGGAGGGAAGCCCUUCAGCUGUGCCCCUCUCAACAUCGAGCAGUGGCUCUGGUGUCUCUUCGUGGGUGUUGGAGAGCUGCUCUGGGGGCAGGUGAUUGCCACAGUGCCGACAGAGCGGCUUCCGUGCCUGAAGGAGGCGGGGCUGGGCCUCGAGCCCAGCGAGGAGGAAGGGGAGGAGCUGGCAGAGGACGAGGAGGAGAUCGACUGUGCCGAGAGAGAGCUGCGCCGCGGACAGAUCCUCUGGUUCAGAGGCCUCAACCGCAUCCAGACUCAGAUGGAGGUAGUGAGCACGUUCAAGCGAAGCGGUUCGUUUCAGGGAGCGGUGAGACGGCGCUCCUCCGUGCUCAGUCAGCUCCACGACAUGCGAGUGGUGAAAGCAUUCCGUAGUUCGCUGUACGAGGGCCGGGAGAAACCGGAAUCCCGCAACUCCAUCCACAACUUCAUGGCCCACCCGGAGUUCCUCAUCAACGACCUCAUCCACAACAUUCCGCUGAUCGACGACACUGACGUGGACGACGAAUCAGAGCUCAGCAGAUACCAGCACCUGCACCCGGCCCUCCGCAAGCCGCCGCCCCCUCCCACCCAGCCCCAGCCCCCAGCACGCACCCGCCCCACCCGCCCCUAUCGGCAGUACAGCCUCCCGGUGACUCCGUGCAACCGAAACAACAACAACAACAGCAGCAGCAGCAGCAGCAGCAGUUCAGCGGUCACCCACGGCAACAACAGCAACAACAGCACCAAUGCAGUUACUCCCAGCAAUCGGAGCCCUCACCACCACAACCACCACCACCACCAAUACCGCCAUAACCAUCAUGGCAGGGACAGGCCAGUGAAACCCUCCGCCCCUCACCUGGCUCACCUUUACUGUGUGGAGACCUCCUUAUAACUGAUCUGAACGUGGGUCUGGCGGGGGAGUGGAGAAGGGGAACGGAGUCUUGGUUGGGGGGGAGAAAAAGGGGAGUGGAGGAGAGGGCCGAGGACACACAUGACAUUUCCAUCUCUUAUAUCAAGCUACCAGGAAGGAGUGAAGGACAAGGGAGGCACAGGAGGGAGUGGACAAUGGCUGGAGACUUCUGCUGCUCGCGGCUCCCUGAGAACAUUGCAGCUUUCCCUCCCUUCGCCCUCGCUCCGGCCCUCUCAGCCGAGAAACCCCCUCAACCCCCCGACACAACAGCCGCUCACCCCCCCCUCUCCACCCUCAAACCCCACCGUUCCCGUCCAUGACCCUGCUCGAAGAACCCGCCCACCUCACCCCUGCCUGACCUCAUGCACACUCGUCACACAUACGCACAGGUCUGCUCUCGCUGCGUUGUCCUGAGCUAAGGACAGUUGGCUAAGGAGGGAGGCGGGGACAGACAUCCAAAACAAAAAAAACAUAAAAAAAAAGAAAGAAAACACGACAUCCUUCAAUGCUUCAACAGGAACAGGACCAUGAGGCCGCGGGGGCUGACUCACUCUGUUUCUAUCAGUGUUCCAUCAUUAACGUCGUUAUCAUAACCCAACACACUUACACACCUGCCAUGGCACCGUCACUUAUCUACAGCCACUCCUUUGCUUGUGUUAUGAGGCUUUUGUGAAAGCUUUAACUGUAGACUUCACUCAUUCUCGCCCCUCUGAUUCGCUCAUUUCUCAGCAUAGCGUUGCUCGUUCUUUCUUAUUUUUUAAAUCUUAUUUUUCCUUUAA